AUGAGUCGCGCCUUAUCCAGCAAUUUAUCUGAUCCGAUGAUCGAUGAACAACUCAUGUACGCAUCGGACAUAGACGCUGAAUGGGAAGAGAUGAUGCUUGGAGGACCUGCCAGCAUAAAUUUUGUUGGAGCUGUAAUGGUCGUUGGCAGCAAAAAAGACUUCAGUCUUUCAUCAAAUUUCUCUUAUCAUCUUAUUCAAUAUCCCAAUUCAUUUCACACUACCAUUGUACAAGUUGCAAAUGAAAUGUAUAGAGCCUUGCUUAAUGCUCAUACAUCUAUGGAUCGUAUUCAAGUAAACAUGCGCCAAUUGCCAAAUUUGAUAAAAACAGCUCUUAAACUUAUUACCCAAGCCUCAACAUCUAUGGCAAAAGUAAUGCUGCCUCGAACAAUCUCAAACAUCGGACUUUAUGCUAAUCAAAGUGCUACUAUUGCAAAAGCUACAUUCGAUCGCUUCACAAAUCUUAUGGACCUUCUUGAUGAAAUCUUUAAAGCAAGUACAUACACAAAUACAGAGAAUAAAUUGUUGGCAGAACAACUACAGAAUCAGACUAUCCAAGUUGAAAUGGAAUCAGAAAAUUUACAAGAAAACAUAGAUCAAUUAGCAUCAGAGUAUGAAGAGGCUAAAAAUAGAUUAGAAAGUGCCAGAGAUGAAUAUCGUCAAGCAAUGUUGAACGUACCUGGUGGCGAAUGGAAUGCUCAUGCUUGGAAUGUUUAUGCCAGUAACCGUCCUGCUGUAUCGUGCACUGGCUCAUGGUUCUGGAAAAAAUGUCGAUCGAAUCGUGAUCAACAGUUCAAUGAGUACAGUACAGUAGCGAGAUGGAAAGCAGAAGAAGCUUUGGUAUGCUGA